AUGUCUGGUCAGGCUGUGUUGUACCAGGACAUGUCUGGUCAGGCUGUGUUGUACCAGGACAUGUCUUGUAAGGCUUUGUUGUACCAGGACAUGUCUUGUCAGGCUGUGUUGUACCAGGACAAGUCUGGUCAGGCUGUGUUGUACCAGGACAUGUCUGGUCAGGCUGUGUUGUACCAGGACAUGUCUGGUCAGGCUGUGUUGUACCAGGACAUGUCUGGGCAGGGUGUGUUGUACCAUAACAUGUAUGGUCAGGCUGUGUUGUACCAGGACAGUUCUGGUCAGGCUGUGUUGUACCAGGACAUGUCUGGUCAGGCUAUGUUGUACCAGGACAGUUCUGGUCAGGCUGUGUUGUACCAUGACAUGUUUGGCCAGGCUGUGUUGUACCAUUAUAUGUCUGGUACAACACAGCCUGACCAGACUUUCAGUAUAACAACUAUCGUGAAUGUGUUUCUGGUGAGGGCUUCGGGGGUCAAGGCCCCCGCGGUCCGGUGGAAAGUGGUGCUGCUGGUGGUGCUGUUGGUGGUGCUUCUGCUGGUGGUGCUGGACACCCGAGCAGCUCUUCAUGUGUCACACUUCAGAUACCAUGAUGGGGACGACGCCGACUUAAACCUUUCCUUACCAAAAGUGCUGAAGCUCCUCUCCCCGUCUUCCACCGCUGGAGCCAUGAACAUCAAACACAAUUAUCUUCCAGUACGGAAAAACAGCCAGGCGAUGACUGACUCAUUGCCCGACAGACACUUAAAAUAUAUCGACAACCCCAAGCCCGGAAGGCAAGUUUUCCGAGCCGAGGAGGGCAGUAGGGUGAUGCAACAUCCUGACAGUAUGAUAAUCCAUCAACCCAACAUCACAGCUUCUUCUAUGCCUACGUCCUUCCCACUCAACUCUUCUGGACGCAGUCAGUCAAAAAGUUCGGGGAAGAAAUUUCUGAAUUCGGCGCAGAGUUCAGCAAACGUGAAAGUGAUUUCGAAGACUGUGCUGAAGGUGUUCAGUGACGAGGACGAGGAGAAGGAAGCAUGUGAAUAUUGGUGCUUAAGUGACGCCGGCGUGUUCUACUGCUGUGACCACACCCGUUAGUGACGUAAUGUGUUUAUGAAGGUGUUGAAGCAGAAGUGACGGAACACGCCCACCGAGGAACACUGUCACUUGUAAAGUCAUAUUUAAUUUAAUAAAUUAUAAAGUCUG